AUGGCAGCCGGCGACGACUGGACCUACUACGCCUACCGUCCGCGGUACGACCUCGCCUACAUGGGCAUCGGACUCUUCGCAGCCGCAUUCGUCGUCCAGCUCUUCCUCACCAUGAAGAGGCGGACGUGGUAUAUGAUCCCCUUCGUGAUUGCUAUGAUUGGAGAAUGCCUCGGCUAUGUGUUCCGCCGCGUGUCGGCAGACCACCUGCGCGGUCGCGGCGCAGCGUUGACCUGGCUGUUCUUGAUCUUGUCGCCUGCGCUCAUGUGCGCGUCGUACUUGUGCUUCGGCCGCAUCAUCACCUACGUCGGCGAGCGCUGGACGCCCGUCUCGAGCAAAUGGGUCACCUUCAUCUUUGUCACGCAAGAUAUCGUCUCCUUCGUUGUCCAGGGCGCCGGAGGGUCGUUGUACUCGAGCGAUAAUACGAAGAUCUACCCCGCUGCCAAGGCGAUUCUCUGCGUCGGUUUCUGCAUCCAGAUCAUCGGCCUCGGCAUCUUCGCCAUCUUCGCCGGUAUCUACCACACCCGCGCGCGUCGCGCCGGCGUCCCCGCAGGCCCGUGGUCACACUGCCUCUUCACCCUCUACGCCGGCUCAGUCUGCGUCCUCGUGCGCGGAGUCUUCCGCACGAUCGAAUUCGGUACUGGUUCUGGAGGUGGCCAGGGGUACUUGUUGAGUCGCGAGGGCUACUUCUACGGCCUCGAAUUCGGCCCGAUCGUCAUCGCCGCUCUAAUCUUCUGCGUCUCCUACCCGGGCUACUACGUCCCUCACGCGCGAUCCGCGCGACUCUUUCCCGAGCAAGAAGUGGCGCAGGAGGGACUCGAGGCUGGACCGAGCGCGAGUGGGAGCGAGGUGGAGGGUGAGAAGGCGCUCGAGGGAGGAGAAGGCGAGAAGAGGAGGUGGUGGACUCGUCGGGCGUGA